AUGGAGCUAAUCAAGCCAUCUUCACCAACACCAGACCAUCUCCGCCACCACAAGCUCUCCUCCAUCGACCAACUCUCUUCGUCACUCUUCAUGCCCCUGAUCCUCUUCUUCACAUCACCAGACCCCAAAACCACCAACACCCAAAGAUGCAACCUUCUCAAGCAAUCCCUGGCCCAAACUCUGACCCAUUUCCACACCCUGGCAGGCCGCGUCAGGGACAACACGUUCAUCGACUGUAACGACGAGGGCGUCCAUUUCGUGGAAGCUCAUCAUGUCCACACCACGACGAUGGCAGAGUUCCUGCAGGAUCCGAGUCCACGUGAUCUCAACCAGCUCCUCGCUUUCGAGCCUCAAGAUGCCAACGACUUGCUUGCAGCUUUCCAAUCCACGUAUUUCGAUUGCGGAGGAAUGGCCGUGUCAUUUCAGAUGUCGCACAAAGUUGCAGACGGGCAAUCAAGUUUCAUAUUCCUGAAAACCUGGGCCUCAAUCGCUCGUGAUGGGGAUAUUUUUCAGCACGACAACAACAAUUCCACUCUGCUCAAUCUCGCCGCGAUUUUCCCGCCAGUGAAUAACAUCCCUCUCGGCCAUGGAUCCAUAGCUCGAUUCGCUCCUUCUGGCGCCGUCGUAUCCAAGAGAUUCGUGUUCGGUUCCUCCAACAUAGCAGAGCUCAAGACAUGGUAUACAGAGGAGUCUCUGAAGCCGACCAGAAUCGAGGCGUUGUCGGCUUUCAUAUGGACCAGGUACGUUGAGAGCACUGGACAAACCAUGAACAGGAGAAGAAGAAGAAGAGUUUCAAAUUGA